CAGAAUUUUAUUAACUUCGCGAAGUACGCACUAGAAAUUAAAGGAAUAAAUAUUUCAUUCUAAAUACAUAUUAAAUCGAAUUAAAGUUUGCAAUGUAUCGCAAAAAGUUAAAAAAGGUAAAAACAUGAAGAAAUGAUAAAUGAAGAUGUCUUAGCAACUAAAGAUUUAGAAAACGAUAAAAGCGAUAAAGAUUCGGGUCUAAUUGACGAUUAUAUUGACUUUCAAUUAAUUAGUGAAGCGUUCAAUGUCUUACCAGAUGAAAAAACACUUUCCAUAGAUUACGAUCUUGAGUUAGACUUGAGCGAUGAGAAUUUCGGAAGUUACAACGAUUUUAUCGUUGAUAAUCACGAAGCUUCUAAAACAUGCAAAGUAGAUAGUAAUAAUAAUACCAACAGUAAUAUUAACACUAAGAAAAUUGGAGUUGAAGAAAAUUUUGUUAUAAGUGACACAAAUAAGAACACAUUGUUACCUGGAAAGUAUAGAGAAUUUACCAAAGAGCAAGCUCGUCAAUGGAGAAGAAAAAGAAUAUUAAAUACUUAUAAUCAAAAUACUAUAAAAAAAAAAGAUCAUAGUGUAAGGGUUUUGCCGAAUAAUAAACUUCAGCCAUUGUUUAAUGUUCCGUCCAAACCAACAGUUCAAGAAAAAUUAAAAGAUCCCUUACUAGCUGGAGAAAAGAUAGGAGCAAAUAGAGGCCCUGUUCCUAUGAAACACCGUGCUCUUCCCCAAUCAUUUUGGAAAGAACCUCAAGCACCGCAAAGUAGUUCUUUAGCUGGAAGUCAUUACUCAGUAUUGCCACCAUUAUUUGCAUCUGACGAGUCUUCCAAUAUCCAAGAUAUGAGACCUGUGACUCCACCAGAAGAAACGAAUCGCUCUCCAAGACAUAAAAAAAAAGUUGUCGAAAGUGAAAAGGCGGAUACAGCUCUCCUUUUUAGUUUGUUUGACCACUUAGAAAAUAAAAUAGACGAAAAACUAAUAGUUAAAAGAGGAAGACCGAAGAAACAAUCGACAGACCAGAAGCAAACAACAAAGCAAAAACCAAAAUCAAAUAACAUUUCAAAAGAUAAUGACCCUUGUAUUGUAGAUGCUCUUGCGGAUAAACUAUUUCCUGAGCUUUCUUUACAUCAAGCAAAAGAAAAAAUAAACAAUCUUGCUGCAAUCAUAAAAAUAGGGAAGCAAACAUCCACUAUAGUUCAAUUUCCAGCUGUAAAUCAUAAUUAUCCAGAAAUACAUCAAAACUAUUCAGAAAUGCUCAAUGAGCUGAUAGCUCACAUGUAAAGGAAGUUAUCUUGAUAGUUUACAGCAAACCUCUGCUCAAAUUUGAUUUAAAGUUAUGUAGUAAAUCAGCUAUACGAUUACGAUUAUCUCGUCAAUCAGCUAAACGAUUACCAAUACGAUUUUGCAAAGAAUUGGAGUAACCAGAAAAAUAAAACACAUUAAAUGGUAUUUAGGAAAAAAAAAAUUGAAUUAUAUAGAUCUGCUAGUUAAAAAGAGAAACACUUAUAAACGUUACAAUGAAUAUAACUUAAAAGUUAAUAAAACGCUAAUAUUUACAUAUACGAAGAUAAAUAUUUAUAUAAAAACAGAGAGAAAAUAA